UUUACUUUCACUAGAAUCAGGACAGUUUAUACAAAAGAGUGAUUCUUUUCUUCUUUCAUGGAUGAAAUCCAGAUGGGUUUUAAUCAAACUCAGGGAAGAAAUUCCCAUAUGGGUAUCUUCUCUUCUCUCCCGCUGCAUAACCCAUUCUUCCGGCGACUCUUCCGGCACCAGAUACCUUCUCGACCAUGUAAACAUCAGCCUCCUUCUAUCUUCUUCCGGCAGAGAAAAACAUCUCCGGCUAGGUUCUUCCAUCCACGCCUCCAUCAUCAAGAUCCCAGAAUUCUUCAAUCCCUUCAUUAACCAGCGAAAUCUGCUUGUUGUUUGGAAUUCUCUACUCGCAAUGUAUGCAAAAUGUGGUGAGUUCACUAAUGCAGCUAACCUGUUCGAUGAAAUGCCUGUGAGAGAUACUGUCUCUUGUAACACAAUGUUAUCGAUGCUUUUAAGGAAUGGGGAAAUGGAGAAAGGUUUUGUUUACGUUAGGAAAAUGCAGGAAUUGGGUAUUUAUCGAUUUGAUCAAGCAACACUUACUACAAUCUUGUCUGCUUGUGAUGAUGAACCAUGUUUGGCUUAUUUCAAUGAGAUAAUACAUGCAUUUGCGUUUUCAAAUGGGUUUGAGAAUGAAGUAUCUGUUGGGAAUGCUUUGAUCACUUCUUAUUUCAAAUAUGGAAAGUUUAGUUCAGGAAGAAAGGUGUUUGAUGAGAUGGUUAUGAAUAGGAACGUUGUAACAUGGACAGCGAUGAUGUCGGGUCUUUUACAUAACAAUUGUUUUGAAGAAAGUUUGAGUUUGUUCGUGGAAAUGCAUAAAGGAUCGGUUGAAGCCAAUUCUUUAACGUAUUUAAGUUCUUUAACUGCUUGCUCGGGUUUGCAGGCACUCGAACAAGGCGAGCAGAUCCACGCACUUGUUUGGAAGCUAGGGUAUCGGUUUGAUUUAUACAUUGAAAGCGCAUUAAUGGAUAUGUACUCGAAAUGUGGAACAAUGGGAAACGUUUUGAGAAUUUUCGAUUCUGCUAAGAUGGUUGAUGAUAUUUCCAUGACUGUGGUUCUUGUUGGUUUCGCACAAAAUGGGUUUGAACAAGAGGCUGUCGAGGUUUUCCGAAUGAUGGUGAAUUCGGGAAUUGAAAUUGAUCCGAACAUGGUUUCUGCUGUUCUAGGCGUGUUUGGAUUAGACACUUCGUUGUUUUUUGGUAAACAAAUUCACUCUUUAGCGAUAAAGAAACAGUUUUGCUCGAACACAUUUGUUAGUAACGGCUUAAUCAACAUGUACUCGAAAUGUGGUGAUUUGGAGGAUGCGAAGAAAGUGUUUAAUUGGAUGUCUUGUAAGAAUUCCAUAACUUGGAACACUAUGAUAUCCGCGUUUGCUCGCCAUGGACGUGGUUUAGAAUCUCUCGAACUAUAUUCGAAAAUGACCAAAGAAAUCGAACCAACCGAUGUCACAUUCCUCUCGUUGCUUCACGCGUGUAGCCAUGUUGGUUUGGUUAAAAAAGGUGUCGAAUUUUUAAACUCUAUGAUCGGAGUAUACAAGAUUGCCCCUCGGAUGGAACAUUAUGCUUGUAUUGUUGACAUGUUGGGCCGAGCGGGGCUUCUUUAUGAAGCGAAAGCUUUUAUCGAGGAGUUACCUUUGAACCCCGGAGUUCUUGUUUGGGAGUCGUUACUUGGUGCUUGUAGCAUUCAUGGUGAUCCCGAGAUGGGGAAAUACGCGGCCAAUAAGCUAUCGUCGAUUGCUCAUAAUAGUGCGUCUCCUUAUGUUUCAAUGGCGAAUAUUUAUUCUUCGAGAGGGCGAUGGAAUGAUCGGGAGAGGACUAUAAGGCGGAUGAAGGAUGCGGGUGUGUCGAAAGAAGUUGGGAUAAGUUGGAUUGAAGUUGAGAAAGAAGUGCAUGAAUUUGUCGUUGGGGAUCGAUUGCAUCCGAAAAGUUGGGAGAUUCGCGAUUUAUUGGGAGAGAUUUAUCGGAUGAUCGAUGAUGGAUAUGGUUUAGAUAAACAAAAUUUUCACUACUAUUUAGACUAGGAUGAGAAAACAACAAUUUUUGUUACAACAAUCUAGUUUAUUUAGCAUGUUAUUCAAUUGAAAAUUGACUAAAAAUAUGAAUGGAUACAUAUAAAACUUCAAUUUAAAUAUGUUUAAUUUUUG